AUGUCAGACGACGUUUACUACGAAUCUACCUCCUAUUGCGCGUCUUGUGACGAGUACUUCUACGACCACGGAGAACGUCGUAAACAUUUUCAAGUUACAGAAAGUCAUCCUCGAUGUGACAUUUGCCAUAAACGAUUUCUAAACAAAAAUACUCUGCGCGUGCACUAUCUCGAAACCGCUGGCCACCACUACUGCGUCACAUGCGAUAAGCUUUUCGAUUCUGCCGGUGGUCUCCAAGUUCACAUCGAUUACGCAGCCGUCCAUCGCGAUGACAGCGACGACGAAGACGAAGACGAGGUCGAGGAUGAUUAUAAAGAACGCGAAGAUAAUUGGGAAGAUGAGCUGGCCCUGGAGGUCUAUCCUGAUGGCUACCGAGAUCCCACCAUCUACUACCCCGACGAUACAUCAUUCGAAGACUUCGACGACUACGAUUUUGAAGAUGAAGAGGACCUCGGAGACCCUCCGUUUGACUUUGGAGAAGAUGAGGAAGUUGAGCAGCUGGAGGAAGGUGUCGAAGAGAUAGACGAGUUCCAGUGCCCCAUGUGCCAGAAAAGGUUACCGAGCACGGUUUGCUCGACGAGCUGCGGACAUUUAUUCUGUGCUCCGUGUAUCAAGACUGCUUUGCAUUAUACUGGGAUGUGUCCUGUUUGCGACGAGAAAAAUGAGGUAGCGGAGUUGAGGAGAGUAUUUUUGACGUCUGCUUGA